GGGGAGGAUCGUGAGGCCGCCGCCGCUGCCGCCGGAGAGCUGAGGUUCAGGUCCGGCCGUGAGGCCUAGAGGCGCCGCCGCCGCGGAACCGGAGGGACGCCGCGCCGGACAGCCGUCGCCCGGGGCUCCCCGCCGCUGCUCCGACCUCCCCCUGCACUGCCCGGCCCCGCCGCCCGCUGCCCGCCCCCGCUGCGGCCCCUUCGCCCGGCUCCUGCCCCUCGAAACCACAGACCAUCUUCGGAUUCUUCCCCAGAAGCUUCAAGAUACUCCUACCUACUCUUUUCAGAAUCCAGUAGGGAUAUGUCCUCAGCACCAACUACUCCUCCAUCAGUGGAUAAAGUAGACGGAUUUUCUCGGAAGUCCGUCAGAAAAGCCAGACAGAAGAGGUCGCAAAGUUCCUCACAGUUUAGGUCUCAAGGCAAACCUAUUGAGUUAACACCUCUGCCGCUGCUAAAAGACGUUCCAUCCUCAGAGCAGCCUGAACUGUUCCUAAAGAAACUUCAGCAGUGCUGUGUCAUUUUUGACUUCAUGGACACGCUAUCUGAUCUUAAAAUGAAAGAAUACAAGCGCUCCACUCUUAAUGAACUGGUGGACUACAUUACAAUAAGCAGAGGCUGUUUGACAGAGCAGACUUACCCUGAAGUAGUUAGAAUGGUAUCUUGCAAUAUAUUCAGAACUCUCCCUCCUAGCGACAGCAAUGAAUUUGAUCCAGAAGAAGAUGAACCUACCCUUGAGGCAUCGUGGCCACACUUACAGCUUGUAUAUGAAUUUUUCAUACGAUUUUUGGAAAGCCAAGAAUUCCAGCCCAGCAUUGCCAAAAAAUACAUAGAUCAGAAAUUUGUAUUACAGCUCCUGGAGCUUUUUGACAGUGAAGACCCUCGGGAACGGGACUACUUAAAAACAGUCUUACACAGAAUUUACGGCAAGUUUCUUGGUCUUAGAGCAUUUAUCCGAAAACAGAUUAACAAUAUUUUUCUAAGGUUUGUUUAUGAAACAGAACACUUCAAUGGAGUAGCUGAGCUGCUGGAAAUAUUAGGAAGUAUUAUCAAUGGCUUUGCUUUACCUCUUAAGGCAGAACACAAACAGUUUCUGGUGAAAGUGUUGAUCCCUUUACACACUGUCAGGAGCUUAUCACUCUUCCACGCCCAGCUGGCAUAUUGCAUAGUACAAUUUCUGGAGAAAGAUCCUUCCCUCACAGAACCAGUUAUUAGGGGGUUGAUGAAGUUUUGGCCCAAAACAUGUAGUCAAAAGGAGGUCAUGUUCCUUGGGGAGUUGGAGGAAAUACUGGAUGUGAUCGAGCCUUCACAGUUUGUUAAAAUCCAAGAACCUCUCUUCAAGCAAAUUGCCAAGUGUGUAUCUAGCCCUCAUUUUCAGGUGGCAGAAAGGGCACUCUAUUAUUGGAAUAACGAAUAUAUCAUGAGCUUGAUAGAAGAAAACUCCAAUGUCAUCCUUCCCAUCAUGUUCUCCAGUCUCUAUAGGAUUUCAAAAGAACAUUGGAACCCGGCGAUCGUGGCACUGGUGUACAAUGUCUUGAAGGCGUUUAUGGAAAUGAACAGCACCAUGUUCGACGAGCUGACAGCCACAUACAAGUCAGAUCGUCAGCGUGAGAAAAAGAAAGAAAAGGAACGUGAAGAAUUGUGGAAAAAACUGGAGGAUCUGGAGUUAAAGAGAGGUCUUAGACGUGAUGGGAUAAUUCCAACUUAACAAAAAUACUGAAAACAGCAUUACUAACCUGUGGAGUCACACAUUUAUGUAGUAGAAGAUGGAGCAACAGUUUUCUGUAUUGUGCAACUUUACAGUAGAUUUCACAUUUGUUUCAUUAUUACAAUGGCACUGUAUAUACCUACCUGUCUGUAAGUAAAGGAAAAUCAAAAUAAGGACUUCAAUCCAAAGUUUGGACAGUCGAUGGACUUCUCAGAACUUUGCAAACAUAAUCAUUGUUCUAACCCUCUUUAAAAACAAACAAACAAACAAAGCAAUCUUCAGAGAUCUGUUGAUGAAAUUGCUGUGUUAAAAUUCCAUUGUUGGGAGUUCCUUAUUUAUCAUUAGCAGAGAGUAUGAUACAAUUUUCAAAUGUGAACAAUCUUAAAUUUAGCUUGUCUUCUGCUAAGCUGUUAAAUGUAUUUAUAGUAAAUGGAAGAAAAGAAAAAAAAAAAAGACUGUCAUUUCCUAUCAGUUUGUCUAACGUUCUCCUCUGGAUAACUUGACUGUAAUUUGACAUCUUUUCCUUUUGCACAUCUCCAUGAGUUGAAUGUCCAUGUGAAACAGGGCCCUGAACUAGAAAGGACCCUGAUAAAAGUUUCGUUUAUUGGGGUGAACGUCUUUCUAGUCACCAGGUAGUCCUGGUGCUCCAUCAGUUGUAAAUUAGGAGUAAAAGAGAAGAGGUGAUAAGCAUAGUAGGGAAGGGAAUUUUGGAUUCAUUGCAUCAGUUUAUGGUGACUCUAAAUCAAGGUCUUGAAUCCUCUGAAAACAGGCACUGACUGGCCCAUCACCGGCUUCAGUACCUGGCCGGUAUUAGUGGUAGACAUCAUUGAACAUACAUGCCAGAGAUGUUAUAGAAAUGUCAGCCAAACUUCCUUUUGGACCAUUUUUAAAUAAGAAAGACAAAUAUGAAACAGUACAACCAUGAAAUUGAUCGCCAGAGCUUGUGAAUCUAAUUGGGAAAAGAGUUGAGCAAACAGCCUGGACUGUUUGGAGUUGUUGCCUUACUUUUUAAUAUGUAUUUAUAAAGUAUUUCAGCAAAAGAGGAUGUAGCCUCGGGGCUGGGGGUACCCACAAUAACAGGUUACAGUGUUUUCUUGUAGAUUCUUGCUCUAUAUCUCAUCCCAACGCCAGCCCUGUUUUUAGCCAGAAAGGAUUCAGGAUAUGUACAUUACUAGGCAUCCUGAAUUGGAUGCAGAUUCCUAACUACUGUAUUUGUUACCAAAAGUGAUUCUACAAAUGCUACUGAAAAAAAAAAUCUGGAAAUCCCUCUUGUCCUAAGUAUUAAUAAUAAAGUUUAAAAAUGCUUUUA